AAAGGGGAGGGACCCGAAGCCCUGCCGAAGGAGCCGAGCAGCGCCAUCUUCACACUCUCCUCCCCAAAAACAUUCCCUCUUUGGGCUGUCAAAAGGAGCAGAGGCCGAGGAUGGCGGCGGAUAGGAGCUAGGCCCGUUGCCAUGGCGACCAGAGCAGUGCUGCAGGGCCCGAACGAGGCCUUCUCUGCCUUCAAAGGGAAGGAAGGCCCAGCAGGAGCUCAGGAGGAAGCCUGGUGAGUUAUCCCAGCUGUAUGGCCAUGUUCCAGAAGCAUUCUCUCCUGACAUUUUGCCCACCUCUAUGGCAGGCAUCCUCAGAGCUUGUGAGGUCUGUUGGAAACUAUGCAGAAAAAUUAGGCACAAAGACUGAUGAGGGAUCCUUGGCCCUGAGAGGGGAGGAGCAGCUAUAACUAAGAGGUUCGCAUUGGACAUCGGUUGAAAGAUGGACAGACCGGACUCAGCUGGGCCUGAAGCAGGAAACGUCCUUGAGGGCUUAAGUGCUGGGAACAAAGGAAGAUUCUGGGCAAGACCAAUGCUCAAAUUCCUGGGUGAUAACUUUGCCAACUCAGACACACAGCCUCAUCAUUUUGGGCAGUUCUCCUGUGAGGAGGUGGAGUGGCCCCGGGAGAUCUGCAGCCAACUCCACCAUCUCUGCCGCCAGUGGCUGAAGCCAGAAAAACACACAAAAAACCAGAUGCUGGACCUGGUGGUGCUGGAGCAGUUCCUGACCCUCCUGCCACCAAAGAUGUCAAGCUGGGUCAGGGAAUGUGGAGCAGAGACAUGUUCCCAGGCCGUGGCCCUGGCAGAAGGAUUCCUCCUGAGUAAGGAAGCAGAGGAGCAGGAUGAAGAGCAGCAGGCGAAGAAGCUCUCUACUGACAUUCAGCCUGAUUUCUCUGCUGUAAGAGAGGCUCCAUCAGAUGCCAGGCAGAACUCCCAGCAAAGGGACAUCACUUUGCAAGGGGCUGAAGCAAUACAGGGAACAAUGGCUCUUGGUUACAAUGGAGUGGGACUAUUUCAGGUUCCAGUGACUUUUGAAGAAGUGGCUGUGUCUUUCCUCCCAGAGGAAUGGAGUUUCCUAAAUGCAGAUCAGAGAGCCCUGUACAACGAAGUCAUGGAGGAAACCUGUAGCAUCAUGUCUGCUCUUGGUAACUGGAAGGGAAAAAAUGCCUUUGCCAACCACAGGAAUCCUCAUACUCAAAUCUUUCCCAAACACGAAGAAGCCUGCAUAGAAGAAAAAUGUCCUGAAGAGAUGGCCUGCAUAUGCACCAACUGUGGAAGAUGUUUUACCCCAAACACAAUACAUGUGUGUGAUGAGAGAAUGCAGCAGGAAGAGAACCACUUUGGAUAUGAAGUUUUGGUGAAAGGUGUUGAUUGCAAAUUGCAGCAUGAGAGAUACCAUAUAGCAGAGAAAGCACACAAAUGCCAGGAGUGUGGGAAAUGUUUUGCUUCCAAGUCGCAUCUUCGGCAACACCAGGCAAUCCACACAGGAGACAAACCAUACAGCUGCCAAGAAUGUGGGAAAUGUUUUAUUUCUACAUCAGGACUCCUCAGACACCUGAGAACUCACACGGGAGAGAAACCCUACAGAUGCCAAAUGUGUGGAAAAUGUUUUGUUUCUAAUUCAGUACUUCUGAUCCACCAGAGAAUCCACACAGGGGAAAAGCCAUACAAAUGCCAGGAAUGUGGGAAAUGUUAUGCCCAUCAUUCAGGGCUUGUUGUCCACCAAGGAAUGCACACAGGAGAGAAACCGCACAACUGCCAAGAAUGUGGGAAGUGUUUUCAUUCCCGAUCAGGACUUCUCAAACACCAGAGAAUCCACACAGGAGAGAAGCCAUACAAAUGCCAAGAGUGUGAGAAAUGUUUUCUUUCCAAGUCAUCUUUUGUGGAUCACAAACGGGUUCACACAGGAGAGAAACCAUUCAAAUGCCAGGAGUGUGGGAAAUGUUAUGCCCGAAAUUCAGUGCUUAUUAUCCACCUGAGAACCCACACAGGAGAAAAACCAUACGGGUGCCAGGAGUGUGGGAAGUGUUUUAAUUCCAAGCCAGAACUUUUGAAUCACCAGAGAAUCCACACCGGAGAGAAACCAUAUAAGUGCCAGGAGUGUGGGAAAUGUUAUGCCCGGAAACCAGAUCUUGUCAUUCACCAGAGAACCCACACAGGAGAGAAACCAUACUCAUGCGAGGAAUGUGGAAAACGCUUUUCUUCCAAGUCAUGUCUUGUCAUCCAUCAGAAAAUCCAUCAGAAAUAUAGUACAUAUAGUACAUAAAAUCCACAAAGGAGAGGAAGAAUACAAAUGUGAAGAUUGUGAAAAAUCCUAUGUUUCCAGGUCAGGACUUGUGAAACACAAGACAAUGCAUAAAGGAAAGGAACCAUAGAAAAGCCUAGAGUUCUGCCCACAGUUGAGACCUUGUCACCCACCAGAGUCCACACAGGCAAAAAAUGCUACAAUUGCUUGGAGUGUGGGAAAUGUUUUACUCAGAAUUCAGCUCACAGGCAGCAUAAAACAGUUCACACUGAAGAGAGCACUUUUUUGCCUUGAAAGCAGAGUAAUUACUAUAUGAGAAUUCACAGAGAAAUCACUGAAUCCUAUGAGCCCCUGGUGGCGCAAUGGGUUGAACCCUUGUGCCUGCAGGACUGCUGACUUGAAAAUUGAGUUGCUGACGUAAAGGUUGCCGGUUUGAAUUUGGGGAGAGUGUCGAUGAUCUCCCUCUGUUAGCUCCAGCUCCCCAUGCAGGGACAUGAGGGAAGCCUCCCACAAGGAUGGUGAAAACAUCCAGGCAUCCCCAGGGCAACGUCCUUGCAGACAGCCCAUUCUUUUCACAUCAGAUGCGACUUGCACUUUCUCAAAUCUCUCCUGACACGAAACAAAAACUGAAUCCUACAUUGAUUUAAACUCCAAGUGCCAGCAAAGUUAUGUCUUUCUCAAUCCAUAAAUCCAUCACUAAGACAUUCCUAAGGGGAUGCUAUUUAAAGCAUCAACUUCCACUCUCAACAGUACAAAGUUCUUCCUCACAUUUUUUCAGAAUUUGCUUUCCUUUGAGUUGAAUCCAGUGGUUCAGAUCCCAGAGAGGCAGCAAACAAGCUUGUUCCACUUUCUAUCUGAUUACAGUAGUAGUUCCCAACCUUUGAGCCUCCAGAUGUUUUUGACUUCAACUCACAGAAAUCCCAGCCAGUUUACCAGCUCUUAGGAACUGUGGGAGCUGAAAUCCAAAACAUAUGGAGGCCCAAAGAUUGGGAGCCACUGCGCUACAGAGAUUUGAGUUCAUCGAAAGCAGCUGAAUUGCUAAUUCUUUACCUCCUUUGAUACAUUUUUACUAUUAUGGUUUUUUUUAACAUUUUAUUAUUAUUGUUUUUAGGGGGAAGAUGAGUGAAGUUAGUUUGAAUUGGUGUACUGCUGAUAUAAGAGACAUAUUGGGAAAUUACCGUCUUUACAAAUUGUAUAACAAAACUAAUUUUGCUGAUUUUUGUUUAAAAUGGGACUGAAGGUGCCAUUUUGGGGGCUCCAUCCCUUAUUUAGUCUGUCAACUCCUUCGUUCUUCCUCCCCUUUGAUCCUAUUGGUUUCUCCUCUCCCUUCGUCUGCUUAGCUGGCACAGUGGGUCCCACACUUUGAAGGGUUUAGUGAGGUUUGAGCUGUCAGUUUGGCGCCAAAAGAUCAUCUAGUAAAAUCUAGGCACCCUUCUUCUGUCUGCUCAGAAGUUUAUCUCAUUGUACACAUUUGUAAUCCUUUAGUAUUACGCUUAUCAUGGCUCACACAUUUCUGGAUCUUCUGAUAAUCACUAAUCAUUUCCUACUUUCUUGACUUUUCUCUCCCUCUAUUUCCUCCAUCUCUCCUAUACGCUUUUCCACCCAUCACAUUUGUCAAUUGGUUAGAAAUUUAAGCAGUUUGGUAAGCUGAAGGACAAGAUUGAUUCACUGUUUUCAUCCUCACCAUUAAAAAAUUACUGAGAAAGAAGUCUCAUUGAAUUUAACAAGCAACAUUCCUUCCUGCUUCAUGAUAUGGAUUAAUGAGACAACGUCUGCAGUAUAUUGGUAGAGGCAAAAACUGUCCAGCAUGUGCCCAAAGGCACUCUAGAAACACUUCUGAUCAAGAACCCCCUUCCCUGGAUUCAUUGACAGAUCUUUGUAGCCAGCCCCUUGUUGCACUUGCCUUAGAUGUGCAUCCACUAGCUAAAAUUAAUGCAUCGUUGCUUACUUUUAGGAGUUGCGAGUCCUGCCAUGUUUAUUUUGCUCUCGCCAUAUUCAUUCUUCCUUUGUUGUAUGCAGUGUGCUUGUAAUAGCUAUUACCAUGCUGGUUUGUCUUGCUUUGAAGGGGCCUGAUGGAGAAAACUUAUUAGUUGUUUUCUAAACCUGCCAGAUUUAUUGUGCAGCUGUAUAAUAGGAAGUAAUAAUUGAAGAAUGCCAUUCUCAUGAGUGGAAUGAUGGCGUGUUUGGAGGGUUUGGAUUUAAAAAUGGGAGGGGAGAAACUCCGAACCAACUGAAAAUAGAAGAUAUUUAAAAAUAAUGUCCAUGGAAAAAGGAAUACAGACAUACCUUGUGUUUCUAAUAGGGUGCACCUAUACUGUUGAAUGCAUGCAGUUAGACACAUUUGAAUUGGCAUAGAAUCCUGGGAAUUAUAGUUUGGGCCUCAUGGGCCAGAAAAGCAAAAGCUCUUGCAAAACUACUACUCACAGAAUUCAAUUGCAUUCAGCCAUAGAAGUUAAAGCUGUAUCAAACUGUAUUUAUUUAACAAUUAAUACAAUUAGAGAAAGCUACAGACUUUGCAAAACUACAGCUCCCAGGCUCUCAUUGCAUUGAGCCAGAGCAGUUCAAAGUAGUUUCAAACUACAUUCUUCAACAGUGUAGACACAUCCAUGGCGGACUCAAACUCUGUAGCCAUCCCAUCCUGUUCAUGAUAUCAAGUCCUUUUACCUUCAGAGCUGUAUUAACCUCUGUGCCUCAAUAGAGAUCAAAAUGGGAUAGAAAUACUAUACAUAUGUAAAUCCUGCAGGAGAGAUGGUUGAGAGGAGACAUAAGAGCCAUGUAUAAAUAUUUGAACAGAUGCCAUAAGGAAGAGAGAGUAGGCUUGUUUUCUGUGGCCCUGGAAACUAGGACUAGGAGCAGUGGGUUCAAAUGACAGGAAAGGAGAUUCCACCUGAACAUUAGAAAGAACUUCCUGAAGAGCUGUUCAAUAUAUGCUUUUAUGGUUUUAAUCUGAAUUGUUUUUAAUGCUAAUGAUGUUUAAUGCUGUUUUAAUUUUUGUAUAUUUUAAAUUGUAUACUGAUGUUUUUAUGCCAAGCCGCUUUGAGUCUCCUGUGGGAGAGAUAAAGCGGGAUGAUGAUGAUGAUAAUAAUAACAACAACAACAACAGCCUUGAAGUCUGGUGAAAACUCCUUCCUUGGAGGCUUUAAACAGAGGCUGGAUGGCCAUCUGUCAGGGGUGCUUUGAUUAUGCUUUUCCUUCAUGACCCUUGGACUCUUCCAACCCUAUGAUUCUAUUGCACGCAUGUAUAAUAAUAAUAAUAAUAAUAAUAAUAAUAAUAAUAAUAAUAAUAAAUUUGUUUUUAUACCCCACCUCCAUCUCCCUGAAGGGACUCGGGGCAGCUUACAUGGGACCAAGCCUGGGUAAAACAGCAAACCAAAAUAAAAUAACAUUAGAAAAUACAGAUACAAAGAUCAAAUUAACAUUCUAAACAUAAUAAAAUAUAAAAUGACUAGCUGUGCCCGGCCACGCGUUGCUGUGGCGAAGUAUGGUGGUAUGGGAAAUAAAGUAUUGAGGAAUUGGUGGUAUUGUAGUUAAGGUAAAGGGUAAAGGUUUUCCCCUGACAUUAAGUCCAGUCAUGACUCUGGGGGUUGGUGCUCAUCUCCAUUUCUAAGCUGAAGAGCUGGCAUUGUCCGUAGACUCCUACAAGGUCAUGUGGCAUGACUGCAUGGAGUGUCGUUACUUCCCCGCCGGAGCAGUGCCUAUUCAUCUACUCUCAUUUGUGAGGCCUAACUCUGCCUGUCCCCUGGGCUGAGUGGGUUGCUAGGAGACCAAGUCGGUGGAGCUUAGCCUUCUAACUGGCAGCAAUUGGAUAAAAACAAUUAUUCAUCUCCCUCUAAUUAGGACUUUAUUUUUCUUUUCUUUUUGUCGUAUGAAUGUAGAGGCAUGGAUGAGGGAUUGUGCUGCCAAGUUUAGUGUUUCUGGGAUGUGUAGUUUUGUUGUUUUGUCCUAGGCCAAAAUUUCAUUACCCUUUUAUAUAUAUAGAUAAUCAUAAUAAAAACAUGGAUUUGGCACCCAAGUAAAAGGAAUAAAACAGACUGGGUAAAGUGCAAGAAGUGGAUAUUGUAAAUAAGAUAGUUAAUUAAAUACUGUCAAUAGGAGAGCAACUUGGGGUGGACCCUGUGACUAUAAUAUACUGAUAGGGCAAGAUAAAGUGCAACAGAUGCAGAAAUAUUAUAUGUAUUUGUCAAAGUAUACGUGUAUGUUUACGUAUGUGUUUGAACCACAAAAGUAUCCUACAUGGCUGGCUGCCUGGACAUACCCUUCAUGGUCCAAUUUAAAAAUAUUGGUGGGAUUGAGUUGGGUGAUAGAAGAUGAUAGGAGUUAAAGCCCAGCCACUUCCAGAGAACCCAAAACCGAAGGCAUGGCUGACCUCCCAACUGGACAGACUGCUCAGCCUACUUGCCAAGUAAGGCAUCUCCCAACAUCCUUACCCUUUCACUAGGCAGGCUGGGGGUUAUGGAAGUUGCAGCUUAACACAAACUGUGGAUGUUGGCAUUAGAAGACCUAAACAGCUUUUUUGCGAAGAGGGCCAGAUCUGGUGAGGUGAAAAUAUGUGGGGGCCAACCCUUCAGCCUGACAUUAUUUGAACCAUUGACAUUAAAUGCAAAGGAACUAUUUUAUGAAAUUCUGAAAAUUUUCAUUUCUUCGCACAGGACACAAAUAAAUCCAAAAAUUACAAAAAUCACUCUGCUUUUCAUAUUUGAAGACCACAUAAAAUGACGUCUGUAUAGAAGAUAAAACAUAUCUAGGUUCAUUUGAAACAUGAUAUACCAUGUUUCCCUGAAAAUAAGAUAGGGUCUUAUACAGUAGAGUCUCACUUAUCCAACAUAAAUGGGCCGGCAGAACGUUGGAUAAGCGAAUAUGUUGGAUAAUCAGGAGGGAUUAAGGAAAAGCCGAUUAAACAUCAAAUUAGGUUAUGAUUUUACAAAUUAAGCACCAAAACAUCAUGUUAUACAACAAAUUUGACAGAAAAAGUAGUUCAAUACGCAGUAAUGUUAUGUUGUAAUUACUGUAUUUACAAAAUUAGCACCAAAAUAUCACGUUAUAUUGAAAACAUUGACUACAAAAAUGUGUUGGAUAAUCCAGAACAUUGGAUAAGCGAGUGUUGGAUAAGUGAGACUCUACUGUAUUAACUUUUGUUCCAAAAGAUUUGUCAGGGCUUAUGUAUAGCUGCCAAGACACUAUUUAAAUUGACUUUUAUGAACUGUAACUAGGGCUUAUUUUUUUGAAAUAGGGCUUAUAUUUUGUGCAUCCUCAAAAAUCCUGAAAAACCAUGCAAGGGCUUAUUUUCAGGGUAGGUCUUAUUUUCGGGGAAACGGUAUUAUUCACUAUUAAGUGUGGGAGCCCCCAUUGGCACAAUGGGUUAAACCCUUGUGCUGGUAGGACUGCUGACCAAAAGGUUGGCAGUUCGACUCCAGGGAGCAAGGGGGAGCUCCCAUCUGUCAGCUCUAGCUCUCCAUGUGGGGACAUGAGAGAAGGCUUCCAGAGGAUGGUAAAAUAUCAAAAACAUCUGGGGACGGGCAACGUCCUUGCAGACGGCCAAUUCUCUCACACUAGAGGUGACUUGCAGUUUCUCAGGUCGCUCCUGACCUAAAAAAAAACUAUUAAGUGCUCACCUUCUAAAAUUAAAAUAUGUGAACAGGAAAAUAACAGUGCUGGUGGGCUGCAUAUUAUUGAUUGUUUUAAUAAGAGAUGCUGCAGGUCAGUGGAAAUUUGAACAUGGGCCGCAAUCGGCCCCUAGACUGGACUUUGAACAUACCUGCUCUACCUGAAAAUAAUAAUGAUAAUAAUAAUACUUUAUUUUUCUAUCCUGCCACCAUCUCCCCGAAGGGACUUGGGGCGGCUAACAUGGGGCCAAGCCCAAAACAGAGACAAAACAUCACAAGUUAAAACACGAAUCAAUAACUAAAAACAGUGUCAACACAACAAUCAAAUAAAAUAAAUAAUUCAAUUACAAUUAAAACACAGUUUUAAUUAAAUCUCUGUGCUUUUCAAAGAUUCCAAGUAAUCUUCAAGGGUAGCCCCAUAUAGUGUGAAUUGCAGUAGUCUAACUGGGAUUUAACUAAGGUAAGGACUACAGGCCAGACAUGGUUUCUCUGUCUUGGUUCAACCCACAAGUCUUUGCCAAUGCUUCUGGCUUAAAAGGAGCCAUAGCCAGAAAAUGACCCACAGACCUGCGAAAUUUGCACUUUCUCCUCUGCAGUAAUAGGUGAGAAAUCCUUUAUUUCAGUGGUUCUCAACCUAUGGGUCCCCCCGGUGUUUUGGCCUACAAUUCCCAGAAAUCUCAGCCAGUUUACCAGCUGUUAGGAUUUCUGGGAAAUGAAGGCCAAAACAUCUGGGGACCCACAGGCUGAGAACCACUGCUUUAUUCCAACUCCUUUUGGCUGAAGAUGUUAUUUGUGGUGAAUUGCUCUACUCACAGUUCCUGCCUUGGCACAACUCCCCAUCCUCUUCUGGUCCAUGAGGAAAUAAAUACCCAUGGAACUAUUGAAAGAUCUCAAGGAGCAGGCUGGUGGGAUGUGUUUGUGCCAGCUUUCAUCGGGUCAGAAACUUUUGGCUAUAUUGUACUUAAUGUGUGUUGGAGCUCAACAAUGCUCUGUACAAUGCUCUGUCUGGCUUUCGAAUAAGAAUCAGCAGCGUUAAUUACUAUUAUGUAUACUGGAACUCAAUUGACAGACCCAGUCUUUUAAACUUGUACACGCCUAUCUAUAUUUUAUAAAUGCAUUUUAUGAAUGUUAUAUGUAAGUUAAUUUUUUAACUAAUUUAUAGUGUAUUGUACUGUUUUUAUAUGUCUGUUUUAUUGUAAGCCGCCCUGAGUCCCCUGUUGGGUGAGAAGGGCGGGAUAUAAAUAUUGUAAUAAAUAAAUAAUAAAUACAA